CGGAACCAAAGCAGACAACACGGCGUGUUGAUUUAGUAGACGUACCACGGACGGCUAGCAAGAUAGCGGCCAUUGGAAACCAAACUGGUUUCCACUUGCGCAACUAAAUUCAACGUACUCUAUUAGUUUUGUCUAUCAGACAAAAAAUAUUCAGUGUUACGGUGAAUAUGGGUGUCCCGAAGUUUUAUCGAUGGAUUUCAGAGCGUUACCCUUGCCUGAGUGAAGUUGUCAAGGAACAUCAGAUUCCAGAAUUUGACAAUCUCUAUUUAGACAUGAAUGGGAUCAUUCAUCAGUGUUCUCACCCAAAUGAUGAGGACGUUCACUUCCGCAUCUCUGAAGAGAAGAUUUUUGGAGACAUUUUCCAUUACCUGGAGGUGCUUUUCAGGAUCGUCAAGCCACGGAAGGUCUUUUUUAUGGCCGUUGAUGGUGUGGCACCAAGGGCAAAGAUGAACCAGCAGAGAGGACGUAGAUUCCGGUCUGCCAAAGAAGCAGAAGACAAAAUAAAAAAAGCUCUGGAUAAAGGAGAGGUAUUGCCUACAGAAGCUCGCUUUGACUCAAACUGCAUCACUCCAGGCACUGAGUUCAUGGUGAGACUCCAAGAGCAGCUGAAGUAUUUUGUCCACAACAAGCUCUCUACGGACAAACUUUGGCAGAAUGUCAAAAUCUAUUUAUCAGGACAUGAGACCCCUGGUGAGGGAGAGCAUAAGAUCAUGGAAUUCAUACGUUCAGAGACUGCGAGGCCGGAUCAUGACCCCAACACACGCCACUGCUUAUAUGGACUGGAUGCUGACCUGAUCAUGUUAGGUUUGACCAGCCAUGAGCCAAAUUUCUCCUUGCUCAGAGAAGAGGUCCGCUUCGGAGGGAAAAAAUCCCAGAAAAGGAUAACUGCUCCAGAAGAGACAACUUUCCAUUUGCUUCACCUGUCUCUUAUGAGGGAAUACAUUAACUAUGAGUUCUCGAUGGUGAAGAAUAAGAUGGGCUCGGAUUAUGACUUGGAGAAGAUAAUAGAUGACUGGAUACUUAUGAGCUUCCUAGUUGGGAACGACUUCAUACCUCACCUUCCUCAUCUUCACAUUAAUCACGAUGCGCUGCCGUUGUUGUAUAAGACUUACACCCAUGUUCUGCCCAGCCUUGAUGGAUAUCUGAACGAGAGUGGUCACCUUAACCUUGGAAACUUUGAGAAAUACUUGGAGAAACUCUCUGAGUUUGACCGUGAACAUUUCAAUGAUGUAUUUGUGGACUUGAAGUGGUUUGAGAGUAAAGUUGGGAACAAGUACGUGAAUGAGGCGGCCGGCCGAGCAGCAGAGAAAGAAGCUGCCAAUAAACUCACCAACAAACAAGAGUAUUCCUCUCUCCCUCUGGCAGCGUUUACCUCACCUGAUAAAGUAUUAGAAAGUGGAAAAGGACCUGCUGUCGGGGAUGAUGAUGAAGAUGAUUUAUUUGAGACAGAGUUCAAACAGUACAAACGCACAUACUAUAUGACCAAGAUGGGGGUGGACGUAGUGUCUGAUGAUUUUCUAUCAAAGCAGGCCAAAAGCUACGUUGAAGGCAUCCAGUGGAUUCUCCAUUAUUACUACCAUGGGGUUAAAUCCUGGGCCUGGUAUUACCCCUACCACUAUGCACCAUUCCUGUCUGACAUCAGAAAUAUUUCAGAAUUGAAGUUGACGUUUGAUCUUGGGAAACCCUUUAUGCCAUUUCAGCAACUCUUAGCAGUCCUGCCUGCUGCCAGCAUGGAGCUGUUGCCUGAAUGUUACAGGCACCUGAUGACCAGUGAAAUGUCACCCAUUAUCGAUUACUAUCCUACAGACUUCAAAACAGACCUCAAUGGAAAACAGCAAGAAUGGGAGGCCGUAGUGCUCAUUCCCUUCAUUGAUGAGAGGUGUUUGUUAGCAGCCAUGGAGAGCUGCAAUUAUAAAUUGACAAAAGAAGAGAAAGCCAGGAAUCAUCACACAGAGUGUGGUCUAUAUACAUAUGAUGAUGAAAAAGACUUCACAUACCUCUCAACUAUUCCUCAGCUCUUCCCAAAUAUCAUCCACUGCCAUGUCAGGAAAGAAAACAUUGCCAUGGAUGCCUGGAAAGUUCCACUGAACCACAUUGGCAGGAGCGUGGAUCAUUCAGCUCUGUAUUUCUGUGGGUUCCCCACACUGCAUCACAUAAAACACAAGUUUUCUAUGAAGAAGAGUGGGGUGAUGGUAUUCCAGCAGAGUAGCAGAGGUGAAAAUAUGAUAUUAGAGAUCCUUCCCACCCUGGAAAAACAAUUGCUUUGUGAUGAUGUUGCCGAACAAGUCCUGGGGAAGUCGGUGUUUGUCAACUGGCCACAUCUAGAGGAAGCCCGCAUCAUUGCCGUGUCAGAUGGAGAGACCAAGUUGUCUGUAGAAGAACCACCAGGGAUCCCAAGAGACUACCACAGGCCUUCCACCCCAUCACCCAUCAGAGUCACUAUCCUCUCCGACAAGGAGCAGAGGGACUGGUUGAAAGACAUCCAAGGAAUAACAGAACACUACCUAAAGAGGAAAGGCAUCAUCGUGACUGAAACAACAGUGGUUCUAUAUGGACAGAUGCUGACAGGAAGAAAAUACAUCCCCAAAUCAAAUGGUGUGGUUGAGUUGGAGAAACAGUGGGCGAAGCAAGUCCUUCCUUUCGCCUACCAGACUGUGGUCAAGGACAUUAAGGCCUUUUAUUCAUCUUUGACCUGCUUUGAGAGCCUGGAAGACCUCUAUCCUCCACUAACCACCGUUUUCAUGGUGGGACACCCUUAUUAUUCUGCCAUGGGCGAGGUGCAAGAUUCAAGUGAUGUUAUCAAAGAUGGUCGUGUACAUGUGGUUUUCAAUGUGCCACAUGAGCCCCAACUAGAAGUCCUAAUCCAAAACCAGCAUAAGUACUCUGUGAAGUACAGCCCUGGGUACAUUGUGGCAUCCCGUCUCGGUAUCAGCAGUUACCUUGUGUCUCGCUUCUCUGGAAGUAUUUUUAUUGGUAGAGGAUCCAAAAAGAAUCCAUGUGGGGAGCAAAAAGCUAAUGUUGGCCUGAACCUGAAGUUCAACAAGAAGAAUGAGGAGGUUCCUGGAUACACAAAGAGGACUGAGAAGGAAUGGCUUUACUCUGCGGCUGUGGAGGAGCUUUUAACUGAAUACUUGGAAAAAUUUUCUGAGGUAUUUGACAUGGUCUCCAGAAACGGACAAGAUGAUGUGUUCUAUGAAGAUGACAUUUGGCCUGGAGAAGAACACAAUGGAGCAGAAAAGGUGGCUGAAAUCACUGCAUGGUUGAAAAGUCACCCCGUCAGCUCCAUCUGCAGAGCGUCAUGUGACUUACAAGUGCUGGACGUUGCAAUUGUGGAGAAAAUUGAGGAGGCUGUGGAGAAAACCAAGGUGAAGAAGAGUACGAAGAAAGUUCGUGUCACUGUCAAGCCACAUCUCCUGUUUAGGCCCUUGGAGCAACAACAGGGUGUGAUCCCAGACCCUGAUGCAAAGUAUUACCUGUUUGAUCGGGUCAUCAAUGUGAGAGAGAGCUUCACUGUCCCAUUGGGUCUCAGAGGCACUAUUAUUGGCAUUAAAGGAGCUGGGCGUGAUGAUGAGGUUCUCUACGAGGUACUGUUUGAUGAAGAAUUCACUGGAGGACUUAACAUCAGGUGUACAUCAAAUCGUUGUUACCGCCUGCCGCCAUGUGCUCUAAUUAACCUGUCUCAUGGUUCCCGACUGGAUCCCACAUUCCACAAACUCACUGCCAUUGUCAAACCUCAGCCUUCUUCUGCCAGCAAUUUAAAGUCACAUCUUCAUCUGGCCAGCCUUAACUACUCACCACGUUCGCCCUUUACAUCCACACAACACAACAACAAAACCAGUGGGAUAAAGCCAACCUACCAAGGCAGCAAAAACUUUAUGUCUAAGGCUCACAUCGAGAAACAACAGGCCAAGAAUAAAGAGGAGUAUGCAAAUGUGUGGGAGUCUCUGCAAGACUCUACCCCUCCCCGCAAACCUCCUGGUCACUGGCAAAAUAAUGCCUCUGUUGGUGUCAUUAGAUUGUUAAGGAAAAAUGAAGAUCCCCUUUCCCUUAUACCUCAGCAGAACACAGUCAAGACGUCAUCUGAAUUGGAGGACUUGAUAGCCAGCCUUAAUAUUUCCAAGGACAGCCAACAGACUCCUGCAAAUCUUCCUUCACCCCCUUCACAAACACCCACCACCCAGUCAGAUGUGUCACCGCAAUCCUUUGCCAUGAAGGGCACCAUGGUGUUGAAAGAAAUGCUGAAGAUUGAAUGCCCUGGAACAGGAGACUCCUCUCCUCAGGAAACUGCCAAAAUCAAAAAACAAAACAAGAAGAGAAAAUCAAAACAAUUAGCGGCACGAAUGAACGUUCCCCUUGGAGAUGCAGUAGAAUUCUCAUCUCCUGUGGAUGUUGACCAGUCCAGCACUUUAAUGGGCAGUAAAGUCUCAGAGCUGGCUUGUGUAUGUCACACUUUAGGCAUGGCAUCACCAGAGUUCAGCUAUAUUCACAACAGACAGGGUGUGGCGCUAUGUCAGGUUAAGCUGUCCAAUGGUUUGACUGUCCAUGGGCCUUGGUGUCAGUCAGAAAAUGACGCAAAGGAGAAAGCUGCCUUCUUUGCCUUACAAAGACUGAAUUCGCUCGGGUCAGGCUUCCCUCUUCAACCCCCUCUGGUCCAUGGAAUGGGAUCGACGCAGCCUCCGGCCAUCAGAACCAUCCCUUCAGUCUUCAACCAGCCAAGCGGCUUGCUGAUGACUCCACGGAAUUGUGCUUCUGCCCCUAUCUGGGGAAUGCCUCUGCCUCCUCACAACCACCACCAGAAUCCACGAUUCUAUGGAGCCGCAGGAACAUUCACCGGUCCUGUGCGGCCACAACCGGUCACAACUUUUCCUAUGGGCUCGCAUCACCAGUUCAUUCCAUUACAGGUGACGAAGAAGCGAGUGUCAGCCAACAAGAACCGCCAAGAUACCAAAGAAUUUUACUCCACUAACCAAAUUGUGGCCAGGAAUCAAGCCCAGAAAGCGCAGGACAGGCCUCCUAGCCAAUCACAAACACUGAGUCAAACCGUCAGAAAAGACCCCUAUCCAACAGCGACAGCAGACACUGUUCCCAUGACAACGACCACCCCACGGCAAAAUAGGGUGGCCACAGGCUACACCACUGGUUCUGCCUCCAAAAGGAAACACAGGAAGUUGGCUGUUAACUUCAAAGCAGCUCAACUCUGAGCAAAUGAGCUAGUUGAGUACCAGGGCAUGUGCGCUGACCUCUGCUGCAUAUUGCAGUUCUUCUGUUGACCGAUUGACUACCAAUCACACUCUUGUGAAAUUAAAAAUGAGAUUUUACCAACAAAAAAAGUUACUUUGGUUUUUACCUCCAAAUCUUCGAGAUGGUGUGGUAACCUUUGACAAGAACAUAGUGUACAUGUGUAUGUGUAGCAACAGGGACAAAACUGAAAAAUAACUUGAGAUGUUUGUUUGACGUUGUCCCUUGAGGAGCUGUGGCAGCUUGUCUAUUUGGUUGUUUGGUCACAGAAACUGCCUGCCCGCAUUGGAUUUUUAGCUCAAAAUUAGCGUCUUAGUACUUAAAGACUGAUUUAAAUACAUAGCACACUAUUUUGUAAUGGUGUGUUCUUGCAUUAAGAAAAAUAAUUCCAUUGCACCUUGGUGAUAAUUUCCUCUUCAGUCUAUUUACUUAAGUGGCUGAUUUUUUUUUAUUUAUUUUUUUUUUAAAUAAUUGUAUCGAUUUGGCUGCCUCUCCCAAAAUCAAAGUUGUGCAUAUUGUAAUAAUUGUUUAUCAUGACAAAGUUCCAACUUCACUUAAGAUGAUUCAGUUUUUUUUUUUUUUAUAACUUUUUUAUAGAAUUGGACACUUUUUAAGAGCCCAUGUUUUGAGCAACCCAUCUUCAGACAUUUACUUUCAGUAUAAUGGAGCUAAUGUAGUACAAAUGCAAGAAAAUAUUUUUCAACCCUCCUGUCCUCAUAUGUACAUUUUGUAGGUUUCUUAACAUUUUUUCUUUAUUUUUUUCAAGUUGUAUAGUUGAAGUGAACAUGUAAGACUAGUAAUCAAUUUCUUUGUCAACUAAUGCAUUUAUAUGUUGGUGAAAGUUGUUCCUUUUGGCAGCCAGCAUGAAUAUUAUAUGCUGAUCGUGUGGUGAUGGUGUUGUUUAUUUCACCUGCAAUUAAAGCAAACUUCUAUAGCUCAGUGUUUACAUUAUAAUCACAUUGCGUAAGAUAAUUUUAGAAACAUUCUUAUAGUAUGAGUCUUUGUAAAGGUCUUGGUUGAUAAUAGAAAUCUGUAGGGAAAUUUAACAGUAAUUCAAUUAGUCAAUUUCCUUUUUGGAUUUUAUGGAUGGCCUUUUAUAAAUAGGACUGUACAGUCUACAACUUUCCUUUAACAAGAGGUAACAAGUUGUUUGUGUUGACGCUGCAGUGAUAACGCUGUCCUCAUCAUGUGUGACAUUUCUUGCCUAUGUUUUUGUUCUACAUCUAUGACAAUUGUUUGUCGAAUGUUGAAGUUUGGACUGGCUUGGUUCAAAAUAUCAUGGUUUAAUUAGAUAUGGAAAGUCAACCAUGUCACUUUUUGUGGAUGUACAUUUUUCUACCUAGUGUUUGAAACUGGUUAGAAAAAUGUUGUAUUCCGUUUUAAUUUAAAAACUUCUGUGCUGUACGACAUUUGUAGGAAAACACUAACUGCUUCUUUUUGGCACAGGGACUAUCCAUGUACUGCCAUUUCUUUUACUUUGGUGUGUACGAAGUUAAGAAACUGAUGAUUAACAAGUAUAGAUGUGACAUGGGAGUCUACCUUCCAAAAUAAAGCAUUAUUUUCUUCAAAGUUA